CUCCUUCCCCCCCCGCCCCGCCCCGCGCUUAAUAAUACGUCACGGCUGAUAGAGAUCCUCCUUGUGAAUAAAUUAUACAAAGACGACGGUGCAAAUGCGGAAUGUUUAAUCAGCUUUUGUGCGUGAGACUCGAGAGAGAGAGAGAGAGAGAGAGAGAGAGAGAGAGAGGGAAGGAGGGAGGGAAAGAGCUUUCCACAGGGUGGUGGAGAACACGCGAAACAUAUCCAAGUGUAUAACUUCCAAUAUUCACCGCCAGACAAUCCUCGAUUUUCACAAACUCGCGCAUUUUCUUUGACAUGCGUGACGUCGGAAAAGAAGCGCGUUCCGUCAAUCAAACUGUGUCAGGCGGCGAUAAAGCUUGGCGAUAAAAUCGUCGAUAGAGGCACUUAUCGCGAUAAGAUAUGGUUGUAAUAUAGUGAAAUUGCAAAUGUUUUCGCGCAUACUAAUUUUACCCCCUCCGUCGCGUUGAAAUUCUCAUGAGGCCGCGACGCGACUCAUGUGCGACGCAAAGCGCACCGGACUUUAUUAAACGUUCUCUUGUUCCCCACGCACAUACCUAUACGAAUGUUUAGACCUGACGCAACAACUCGGAACGUUUCGUUUGGCCCAAUUUGCAUGAAACGCGGACGUGUCCCGCAGUGCGUCUCACAUGUGCGAUAAUUCGUCCCUCUCGCGGUCAUCGCUGAAAAUCGCGUCCCAACCUAGUCAGUUAGUGCGUGUUACUCGAGCGAUUCGCGCGACAACAGCAUCCCGGCAGCGUAUCGUCAUCCCUCGCCGUGCGUGAUGAAUAAUGAGCGAAGUCACAAGUCCGCAGGCGAGCGCGCCGGAAGAAUCGCGCUCCGCUGCGUCCUCGCGCUCGCCUUCGUCCUGGCCGUCGUCGAUGGUUUGCCCUCUGCACAUGGGCCGAUAAUAAACACCAAAUGGGGCUCGAUACACGGCAAAUGGAGCUGGAGUAUAAACGGCCGGCCGAUCGCCAAUUUCCUCGGGAUACCGUACGCCUUACCUCCGUUGGGCGAUUUGCGAUUCAAGAGCCCGCAACCUUGGAACCUCACGUGGACGACGAUCCACGACGGCACAGUGGACGGCGAUAUGUGCAGCCAGCUCAAUGGUGAUGAAGUGAUCGGCAGCGAAGACUGCCUCUAUCUGAAUGUCUUCAUGCCCGUGGUACUGGGUGACCGGCCGGCGAAGUUGCCGGUUAUGGUCUUUGUACAUGGCGGUUCUUUCGCCAUCGGCAGCAACAACAGCACGCUGUACGCGCCGGACUAUUUGUUGGAUCACGACGUGAUUCUCGUCACGUUGAAUUACCGGCUCGGUGUUUUAGGAUUCUUCAGCACUUCGAACCGAGUCGCGCCGGGCAACUACGGCCUCAAGGAUAUGGUAGUGGCCCUCCAAUGGGUGCAAGAGAAUAUCCACAGCUUCGAGGGCGACCCCAAGUCGGUGACCGUGAUGGGCUCGAGCGCCGGUGCCGCGGCGACGCACCUGCUCGCGUUCUCCGGCAAAACGGCUGGCCUGUUCCACCGGUACAUUCUGCACAGCGGCAGCGCCCUGAAUUUCUGGUCUGUGCACUCCCAACCAACGAACAGGCGAAUUUCCCGGGAACUCGCGAGGCUGGUCGGCUGUUUGCCGACUGACUCGGGCGACGAGACCGCGUCGAAUGGGACGAUCUUCACGCCGAGGUCGGACGAGGAACGAAGCAGGUGUGAAAGCAUGCACGACGCGUCGGCUAACGAAGAACAGGACGAGCGGAUGAUGAAGUGCAUGAGGACCGUCAACAUAAGCGAAAUGCUGAACAUGACGAAGCAAUUGUUUGUUUGGAGAUCGGAGCCAACUUGCUUCAUCACGCCUACGUUGGAGGACGAGUCCGAGGAUGCCAUUGUGACGAUUCAUCCGCUGAAGGUCGUGAGGAACGGCCUGUUCCGCGAUAUACCGGCGAUAAUACUAUUCGUGAAGGACGAGGGUCUGGUGAAGUCGACCGAUUUCUUGAUGCAAACUGACAUCCAAGACCAGUUCAUAGAGAACUUCGAGCAAUACUUGCUCCUCUCGACGGAACUGCAGGAGGUGAUAUCCAACAGCAGCGCUUUCGCCGACGCGAUAAUGGACUUUUAUUUCGACGGGAACCUCACGAGAUCGAAUCUCAAGCGCAACAUCACGGAGAUGAUAGGCGACGGCGGGAUAAUAUGGUCGUUGUUACGAGCCGUGCAGUAUCAGUCGGAAAUGGGGAACGCCAGCAUUUACUUCUCCUUCUUUGACUACCAAGGAACGUUCUCGUUCACCUUCAACUCGGGUAGUUCGGCUCCCUUCGGCGUCUGCCACUGUGACGAGCUCAACUACUUGUUCCCCGUCUUAAACAAUAUGUUUAAGGGAUACAUGCUGCACAAUACGGAGAACGAUUACCGCAUGAUUGACGUCAUGACGGAGAUGUGGGCGAAUUUCGCGAAAGAAGGGGUCCCGAGAGCGUGGGUGAUCCCCGAGUGGCCCGACUACCGCGAUCAUCAUCAGUUCAUGAGAUUCGGGAUUGACGCGUCGCCGGAUAUUGUGGUGGAAGCCGAUUUCCUGCCCGCCCGAAUGGAAUUCUGGGAGAAGUUGAUGGCGAAUGUAUCGACGGAAUGCGACGCGGAACACGACGACAAUCCUCCGGAGAACAUAGCUAUCGCGUUCGCCUGUAGUUUACUGCCCGAGCUCGUGAUAGUACCGAUCCUGAUCUUAGUAACGUUGGUUCGUUGGCGCGAUCUCUUAAUGAGGAUCAUACUCGCCCGCGCGUAAUGACGAGGCGCGCUUAAGUAGUUGAAGUGAGUUUGCGCGUACGCUCGCACGCGGGUAUUCGAUCGACUCCUCGCAAGUGUCUUCUUCUUCUUCUUCUUCUUUUUUUACUUAUAUACGCAGAAAAAACAGACUGGUUGAACCGACGCGACGGUGAAUGCGAACUCGCGCGCGCGUCUUAGGAUGCGCGCCGUCGAUGUAAAAACACCAACGCUUAAGCCCGGGAGAUACUCCCGCGACGAGAAUGUAAAGAGCGACAGAGGUAUGCGAAUAAACUGACGGAUGUGCAAGAU